GACAUCUCGACUGUCGCGUACAUUGGAAAAGUCAAAGAGCUUGCGCGAAGAGAAUGCGCACUAAACUUGCUGUUUGCGUUACGUCGAUGGAUCGUGCUCGAUCCUCAAGCAGUUGAGGUUGGUUCGGAUGAUAGUUGAGUAAAUAUCGGUAUAAAAAAUGUCGACGUCCCGUGGUAUAAACUUGUUGAGAGUCUUUAGACAAGCCACGAAAAUAAAUCGCAAUCACAACCUGCAACAGACGCGAAAUGGGCACGGAGUCGUUUACCGUUUGCCAGCACCUCCGCCACAUAAAAGCGUUACUAUAGGCGCAGAAGUAAUCGGAGGAGUCGCGUGGUGGUGGAUUCUUUGGCAUCUAUGGCACGACUACGAACACAUUACCGGGGAAUUCGAUUAUCCUGAUCCAUUGAAAUGGACCGAUGAGGAAUUGGGAAUACCUCCGGACGACCAUGACGUCUAAUUAGAUUGUGGAUUAAGCCGGUACGUCAUUGUUCACGUUUUAAAAAACACCAGUUGUCGGAACCGUUAGAAAAUUUAAAAAUCUUAAUUGUGAUUCGAAAAUUCCUGAGACAACUCCGGAGUAGCACUUGUAAUUAAAACCGUAUUUAAUAAUGCUAUCGUGUAAUAUAAUGUAUUAAUAAAAGCAACUCUAUGCGGGUUA